AUGGCAGUCAGGCAACGUGCGGGCCCUGCAGACUUGAUUGGCACUAACUCUGCGUGGCCACGCCAACCAACCAUGGCGGCCGCCUUGCAACACGAGCACUUUGAGGCUCUUCGAGCCUUCGAAAGCCUUGAGGGCUGGAAUGAUCGAGAAAUUUGUGAAGCCUUCCAUCGGAUGUAUGAGGUCUUGUCUGGCUACGACAGUUCUGUUGCAACCCAAUACAUUUUGGAGGAACAUCCUCAUUUGAUUGAGCGCGUGCUCAAGUACUCUCGUCUUGAUGUGCUGCCUUUAGAUGUCGCCGCCAGCAAUUUUGGUGAUUUCACCGAGAAGUACACUUUCUUCAAGUGCGACGUCCAAGCACGUGACAAUGCCGUCGUCAAGAAUGGGCAGCUGUCAUUCACAUCCUACAGCUACGCAGCUUUGUACAUUCCACCUCUCAAUUUCGGCUCCUUGCGUGAGAUGACCGUGUCCUUCUAUUUUUCCAUCGACAAUCUGGGAGAGGACAAGCGCAUCGAGAAACGGUUUGGUUUCCGAUUGGGUCAGAUCGAGGUCUAUUUCGUUCCUGAGACGGAUAUCACGGACAUCGGCCAGUUCCGACGCUGCUACACACUCAUCGGCUUGGGGCCCUAG